UCAAGUAAAAUAAAGUUGUUUUUUCUUCAGGACAGACGGGUACUGGAGUACUGGCAUGCUAGUUCGAAUGGCAUUGUUUUACAGGCGGUGUGUUAUUGGAGCAUAAAACUGUAUAUCACUUUACUAUGAAUAACAACUUUAAACCAUUUUGAUGAGCCAUCGUGCGCAAAAGUGUAAAAUGUUUACCUUCAGUGGUUAUAAGUUUUUUCUCUUGUGAUAGCUACAUUAUAACCUGAAGCAGUUCCAUGUCUAGUUAUGUUAUAAUGGCAGUCAGUAAAAGUACAAAUAGAAUAACAUUUGUAUCAGUAAGUAUAUCAAUAUUAAUAGCAACAUUGUUCGUACUGCAGACUAAACUGAAAAGAAACUAUUUUCUGCCUUUGACGAUACAAUUAAAGCGAAGUCAACUUUUUGAUAGUUGAUGUGUUGUUGGCGCUGGCUUGUCCGGUGCAGUAGUGGCGGAAAGAUAUGUUGCAACAACGAAUAAAUCCAUACUUGUCGUGGAAAAACGCAGUCAUGUUGGUGAAAAUUGUUGACUAAAUGAUUAUAUUGAUAAAGAAACUAAAAUUCGUGUUUCUAAAUAUGGUGCGCAUCUUUUUCAUACAAAAUACAAACAUGUUUGGGAAUAUGUGCAACACUUCAGCGAAUGGGUUCCGUACGAACAUAAAGUUCUAGCUCUGGUUAAAGAAAAAUAUGUUCCAAUCCCAGUUAAUAUUGAUACUGUAAAUUCAUUAUUUCAACUUGAUAUAAAUUCAGUUAAGGAAAUGAAUUCAUGGUUAAAAAUGAACAGGUACAUUAUAAUCGUACACCAUUGAAUUCAGAGGAAAUGGCAUUGUCUCGUGUAGGAUUAAAACUGUACGAGCUUUUGUUUAAACCAUAUACUUUCAAGCAGUGGAAUAAAACUCCUGCUGAAUUAGGACCUUCGGUUUUGGCUCGUAUUCCAGUAAGAAACAACAGUGACAAUCGUUACUUUUCGGAUAAAUUCCAGGCAUUGCCGAAGAAUGGCUAUACAGAACUCGUCAACAACAUGUUAAAUUCACCUCAGAUAACUAUACGAUUAAAUAUUGACUAUUUUGAUAUCCGAAAAAGCAUUAAAUGUGGAAAACAUAUUUUACUGGACCAAUUGACAGAUAUUACGCAAAAGGGGUUGGCCGCGCUGGAAUACCGAUCAUUAUCAUUUGAACGUAAAGUUAUAAAAAAAGUUGACUAUUUCCAACCAGCUAGUGUUGUGAACCAUCCUAAUCCCAAAGAUAAUUUUACUCGAAUUGUUGAAUACAAAUGGUUUCCUAAUCAGCAGCAUCUAUCAAACGACACUGUAAUAUUUAUUGAACGUUCGACAGACGACGGCGAACCAUAUUAUCCAGUUCCAAACAAAAGAAACCAAGAUUUGUACAAACGCUACAAAGCAUUCGCAAACAAUAGUCUUUAGCAUUACCAUUUUAACAGUGAUUUAAAGGUUAUGUCUGUACACUAUACUAACGACAAUUUUAGUUGGCUGCAAUUUGAAGUACGGGUAUUCACAUAUAUUUACAUUUAUCAUAUAUUUUGUAUAGACAAAAAAAAAAAAAAAACAACGUUUGUUUCAUAAAAACAACCGUUGUUCAAUAAUAUCAAGACUGGCUCUUUCUGCGAGGUCGCAUGCGCGAUCUGAAGUCAUUUACACUUGUCGUUCGAAAAAAAUCUUUCAAAAUUGGACAAAAGCAUAAAUUUUCUAAAGGAACAUUAAGUACAACCUAUAUUUUUUUCUGACGGUAAAAAUGAAAAAUGC